CGUGGCCGGCCGUUGCCUAGGAAGGGCGCGUAGUCUUGCUGCUCGCCCGGCUGCGACGGUAGAGGGGUUCCGCUGCACUUUGUCACUACUUGGGAGACUACACCUUCCUGAGAACCAGGCCAGAAGCCGAAGUAUUAUUUUGUAGCUACCAGAAGCCAGGACUCUGGAACAGUUUGCUGGCUGUGAAUCUUCUAUACUUACAGUGUGACAGUUGCUUCAGAUCUGCCACUGUUAGAUACUUCCUGCCACCCAUCCUGGUAGUAUAGCUCUGAAAGGAGUCACAGCCACUCUCAGCCAGGAGUCCUUCACCCGACUCCUGUGGUUGCCCUUUCCAUCAUGCCAAAGAAUAAAGGCAAAGGAGGCAAAAACAGGCGCAGAGGUAAAAAUGAAAAUGAGUCUGAGAAAAGAGAGUUGGUGUUUAAAGAGGAUGGGCAGGAGUAUGCUCAGGUGAUGAAAAUGCUGGGAAACGGACGGUUGGAAGCAAUGUGUUUUGAUGGUGUAAGGAGGCUGUGCCACAUAAGAGGAAAGUUGAGAAAAAAGGUUUGGAUAAAUACCUCAGACAUUAUAUUGAUUGGUCUGCGAGACUAUCAAGAUAACAAAGCUGAUGUAAUCUUAAAGUAUAAUGCAGAUGAAGCAAGAAGUCUGAAGGCCUAUGGAGAACUUCCAGAACAUGCCAAAAUCAAUGAAACAGACACAUUUGGUCCUGGGGAUGAUGAUGAAAUCCAGUUUGAUGAUAUUGGAGAUGAUGAUGAAGACAUUGAUGACAUCUAACCUGACCGAAGCAUGUUACAUUCCAAGUUCUCUGAAGAUAACUCUACACAAUUGGCAUCUUGACCUUCAGCUGUUAAGUAAAACUUCAUUUGGCAUGUGUAUGACUUGUUAAUGCAAAUUGACAAAUUUCUUUUUUUGAAGUAUUAUAUUUCUUUGAAAACCAAAGAUGUUGAGUUCUCUUACGUGACACAUUAACACUGUGUGCUUAUGGAUAUAAUUGAACUUAGGGCACAGCAGUGCGCACUGUUAGAGACUGGCUUUCCAUUUGUGAUGCUUCAUUUCUGGCACGGGCGUGUUCUGUGUCAGCAGUUCUGCCGGGUAACCAUCGUGGGCUGAAGUGAGUCCUGGUCCAGCACACCUGCUUCAGGCCUUUAUGUUCCAGUCAUGUGGCGGCGGUUGAGACUUCUCAUCAGACUUACAGAUUCUAAGUCUGCAUUUGGAGUCAGACAUAGUAUGGCUAUUUUUGUAUUUAUGGAGCCAUGCCAUUUUAUACUUUUGAGUUGUUUUGCCACCCAUAAAAAGGCGUUUUACAGUGCAGUUUUAAAAUUACACGGGUAGCGAUUUUCAGUUUUAAAAAUUAGUCAUUGCAGAAAUUAAAUACUUAGGAAAGAUAUUCCAUUAUCUUGACUUUAGAAAUAUAAUAGUUGACAAUGUUUAUAUAUAAUUUUACUUUUCUAAGGCAUACCCAAAAAUAGAGAAUUAAAAAGAGAAGUGAAUUUGUUCUGAUACUUGCAUAGAGAAAUUUUCAAAAGAGGUAGUUAAUAGCACAUAAAAUAUUUUUUACUUUGCAAAAUAGGUUGUGUUGUUUUCAAAAAGUUAGCUACUGUAUUGAGGCUUUGGAUAAUUAAUUACUGUGUAUUGAUUAAAGUUAGUUACAUAAUUGUACAAGUGAACUUUUUUUUAAACUAAGCUUAGGUUAAAGGAAGAGGAGCCACAGCUUAAUGAAAACAUGGUUCCUGUCUUCUAAAUGGAGGAAUCCAGUAUCAGAAACACAAUAAAAACAUGUUGGUAUACAAACAUUUUUUCUUUUUAAUAUGUUCAUUAUAUCUGGUAUAUAACAAAAAUAAAUGACUGGAUGAUUUCUAGUAUAUCAUGAGAGGCUUUUUUUUUUUUUUUAAUUAGGCUAUGGGAUUUAAGAUAAACUUAACUAUUUUCCCACGUAAGAGAUUGCUGGUAUCAGGGUUCUACAGUUUAACCCUUGCUGCUUAGGGAGUAAAUAUAAAUCUUGUCUGUCAGUCCUCAGGUGCCUUCUUUUUUUUUUUUUCUUUUUUGUUUUGUUUGUUUUGGUUUUUCAAGACAGGGUUUCUCUGUAGUCCUGGCUGUUCUGGAACUCACUCUGUAGACCAGGCUGGCCUCAAACUCAUAAAUUUGCCUGCCUCUGUCUCCCAAAUGCUGGGUUUAAAGCGUGAGCCACCACCGCCCAGCCGGAUGCCUUCUUUUUAAAGACUAGUUCUUUUCUCAGAUUUUGUGCUUGACACUUACAAAUGGUGCCUGGCCAUGAAAACAACAGUAUUCACUGUCGCUUAUUUUUUGAUUGGUUGUUUUCCAGUUAGCCCAUAAUAAUGUUGUUUACGAAAAUUUCCCAGUCAGAAAGAAAAAAAAGCAAAUACUAUUUUCCUGAUCAUUGAUUGGUGGAUCUCUUCUAGGUGGAGAUAUGUAUAGAUCUUCGUAAAGGUUAAUUUUGUAAAAUGAAACUAGACAUGGUGCCAGAUUAGAGGCAGAUCCCAUGUCCUCAGAAGGACAGUGUGUCCUUAGAAAGCACGUCACUGGAGCUUUUUACUGCUCUACACUGUAUCUAAAUACGCUGUUAACUAAGGGUUAUCCUAUUGCCGCUGUAAAUUUUUGGUACAGAAAGAAAACUUGACCAUGGGCCAGGUAGCUUGAUGGCAUUCAACAGCAAAUGAGACUGUCCCAAGUUAGGAGGUGAGGACCAGUACCUGAAGAUGUCCUCUCAGUCCACAACAUGUACAUGUGCUUACACACAUUAGCACACUCACAAAGAUGCACUUAAGGCUAUAGUACCGUGUCUUGGUCAUUGCAAACUAUCAGAGGCAAACACAUUUCCUGUUUCCUGCUUACUAAUAUCUAUAUUUUCUCUCACAUUCUAGAUGAAGGAAUGAUUCUUUUAUAACAUGAGUGAUUUAUGCUGUUUAUUAUAAGUAAAUGUUGACAUAAGUGUUAGAAUUAAAAUGACUUAGUGAAAUA